ACCUUUUAAACACACGAAAGCAAAGCACUUGACCUACCUUCUACGAGUACUCUUUCUCUCUAGCAAGAACAUCAAAAGAUUCAGGAAUCCCAGCCAUCUUUCUCUCUCUACUCCGCAGUGUUUGCCUCAUACAUCAGCAGAAUCCGAAAUCCGCUCCGUCUUGCUGCUGUAAUCAGUCAACUUUUGACUCCGACGGUCUCAUUUUUUCAAAUUGAAUCUAUCGCAUUCCGAGGACCCAAAUUUAGGGUUUUCCUUCCGAUGACCAGCGCUUGGACAAAUAUGAGCUUUGGAAUACAUAGGGAUGUAAAUAGGGAGUGGGAGAGAACUGGGUGGAUUGAUGGGGUUUUUAGAAAAAAAUAUGGAGAUCCUUGCUCAUUCUUUGGGGAGCUAUGCAUCUGCAAAAAACUUGAGAAAGCUUUGGCGAUCAAUUAAUAGGUCAAAUAUUUAUUAGCUUUGGAGUCUCUUGGAGCAUAUGAGCAAUGGAGCUUAUGGAGCAUCCCUCACCUCAAGGAUUGCUUUUUUGUGAAUCUGUGAGUAGAGCAGCGAAGCAAUAAAAAAUGAGUAACCGUUUCUCUCGUACCAUCUAUGUUGGUAACCUACCUUCAGAUAUCAAAGAACGUGAGAUUGAAGAUCUGUUUUACAAGUAUGGUCGUAUUUUGGAGGUUGAAUUAAAAGUUCCACCUCGACCUCCUUGUUUUUGCUUCGUGGAGUUUGAGGGUGCCCGAGAUGCUGAUGAGGCGAUAAGGGGACGUGAUGGCUACAACUUUGAUGGCUGUCGCCUAAGGGUUGAACUUGCACAUGGUGGACGGGGAUCAGGAUCAUCAGCUGGUAGUGAACGUCGCGGUGGAGGCGGUGGAGGUGGUGGAGGUGGUGGAGGCGCUGGAGGGCGCUAUGGUGCAUCACGCCAUACUGAGUAUCGAGUCAUUGUACGUGGGCUUCCGUCUUCUGCAUCAUGGCAGGAUUUAAAGGAUCACAUGCGAAAAGCUGGCGAUGUUUGCUUUGCAGAAGUUUCACGUGACAGUGAAGGAACUUUCGGCUUGGUUGACUAUACCAACUCUGAAGACAUGAAAUAUGCUAUCCGGAAACUGGAUGACACUGAAUUCAAAAACCCUUGGUCAAAAUCUUAUAUUCGGGUGAAGAAGCAUGACAGAAGCCCAAUUAGGGGUCGCAGCAGGAGCAGGAGCAGGAGUAGGAGUAGGAGCAGGAGCAAGAGCAGAAGCAGGAGUAGAAGCCCGAAAAGGAAUAGAAGCAAAUCACUGGAAAGGUCGGUGUCAAGAUCACCAUCCAGGUCAAGGUCUGCAUCUCCUGUGAAAUCUACAAGGCCAAAGUCUAGAUCCAAGUCGAAGUCCCCCUCUAAACCACGGUCAAAGUCCCCCUCUAAGCCACAGUCAAGGUCAAGGUCAAGGUCAAGGUCCAGGUCAAGGUCCAGAUCACCGCUGUAGUACUAGACUACUAGUCUAUGUGGCACUUGGGUAAGAGCAAUUUCUCAGCCUUGUGAGCAGCAGCAAUUCAAUUAGUACGCCUUCAAUGAACUUUCCUCUAACGGCUAAUUGAAUUCUGUAAAACAAUGUGAGGCAGACAUCGUGGAUUCUUUAAAUUAGAGCUUUAGUUUGAAGAUUUAUAUCCAGAGUCUAUUUUUAAGUAUAUUGUUGCUUAGUGUAUUUUGCUUCUAGUUUUUAAUCUGCUUUCUCGGUUUGAAACAAUUUUUUGUCUUGUUUUGAGACUACUAGUUAAAAUUUUGAACGAUUCUAUUUCCCUGUGAGAAAUGUUCUAUUAUGACCGAAUGCUGGUGGCAUGUAAACAGCAAACUCAUUUCUCUUUUUGAAUUUUUAUAAAACUAAAUUGCAUCAA